AUGAUUGAUAUAAAUCAUAAGUUACUUCUAUCAAUUAUCGUAGUUUCAGCUUUCUUGAUUCACGUUAGUGUAGCCGAAUUUCAAAUUAAGCGAUUCGAGUAUAAAUAUAGCUUUAAAGGACCGAAUUUAAUCACUCCUAAAGGAUUAAUUCCAUUCUGGUCUUUCUCCGGAGAUGCCAUACCGAGUAAAGAACAGUUAAGAUUGGUUCCCUCAAUUCGUAGUAAAAGAGGUACUUUUGUAUGGACCAAAAACGCCUUUUCUUCGAAAUCUUGGGAAGUACAAGUAAACUUCAGAAUUACUGGACGUGGUCGCGUUGGUGCUGAUGGUCUGGCUCUGUGGUUUACAGAAAAACCAGGCAAUGUAGGGCCCGUAUUCGGAAGUGAAGAUAAAUGGAAAGGACUUGGUAUAUUUUUCGAUUCAUUUGAUAACGAUGGACAGCAUAAUAAUCCGUAUAUCAUGGCUGUCGUGAAUGAUGGGACAAAAUCUUUUGAUCAUACCAGUGAUGGGUCUUCACAAGCAAUAGGUGGUUGUAUGAGAGAUUAUCGAAAUCGACCUUUUCCGAUUAAAACUAUUAUUAGAUAUGAAAAAUCAACUCUUUCGUUACUAAUCAACAACGGAUUAAGCGAUGAAGACAAUGAUUUGGAGGUGUGUUUUAAAGUUGAUAAUGUUGAUAUCGCACCUAAUGGUUAUUUUGGUGCGUCAGCAGCAACUGGUGGAUUAGCAGAUGAUCAUGAUAUUAUAUCCUUUUUAACGUGGUCUUUGAGGACACAAGCUGUAUGUGCUUCUAUUUUUGUUGCAUUACAUUUAGUAAUGAGAAAGUGUAACUUUUAUGAAUUUACUAAUGCUGAUACUAUUAAAUUAGGAAGCGCCUAA